AAAGCAUUGUGCGUUUGAGAUUCGACAGUGAUGUACUUGUGAAAAUAUUGAGCAUGGACAAAUAGAUGAUUGAACCAACUUUUAAAUAUUUUUGUCUCCCCCGGAGUCGAAAUUACCACCACGCUGUUGCUAACUCCAACUUUUUAUUUAGAUAAAGUUAAAAAUGGCGUCUCAAGCCAGCGAAUCUCCAGGGCCGUAUGUGAUACCCUUACCAGAGAGGCGCCCAUCUCUACAGCAUACAGUUUAUAUAGAUUUGGACGACAUAAGGCCAGAAAACGAAUUAGCAAAUUCAAGGGUAAAUGCAUCUUCUAGUAGCAGAGAAUUUGUUUCGGCAGAGAGUUCCAGGCAGAAUGACCAAGCGCAGGGGCAGAAUAGCCAAAGCUAUGUUGAAGAAACAAUAUUCUACGAUCCCUUCGACGACAGGAGGAUAGACGUCGUGAAGGAGGGCCCCCGACGUCCCAACCAACUAACCCUGACUAGUACUUCAGUUCAAUAUCAACCCUCAGUUCAUACAGUUGAUACGAGUAGACAAAGCCCUGUGUACUCAUCACUUCCCCGUAUAAAUCCUGUCCAAACACCGCCAGAUGACGGAUUCAGACUCACUCCCCUGCCCGUAGCGGACACGCCUGAGCCACCGCCAGCGUACACGGAAAUUGAUACGAGGCAGGAGAGAUUGGCACCUCCUGUACCUUGUAACCCAGGUUACCACCUCCCUCAGCUCCCUGGCGAACAAGACAGAAAACUGAUCACCUGUCCUUUCUGCAGGGUACGCGUCUAUACCCUGGUAGUUAGAGAAUCUGGCGCUAUAACACACGUGAUGGCUGUUAUAUUAUUCUUUUUCUGUUUACUCCUCGUAUUCUGCAUAUACUGCAUGGAUUGGUGCAAAUACAAGAAUCACUAUUGUCCGAAUUGCAACAAUCUGAUCGGAUACGAAAUACCAUUUCUGUGCACUGACAUGGUCUAUUCUAAAAAACCUUCCAUCGUUGUAAUACAUGAUAUGUCGUAUCGUAUAUAAUAUAUCGUAUACUAGCUUACCGCCCGCGGCUUCGCCCGCUUUCUCUAAAACGAUUUGAAAUAUAAACUAUCCCUCUC